AUGCCGCUGCAGCCGCGGCUGCUCCGCACCUACUCGCGGCGCCCCGGGUACCUGCGCCCGCUGCCGCCGCCCGACACGUGGAUCUCGCCGCCGCAGGACCGCAAGCGCCUCUUCAGCUCGACCUCCGCCGCCUCCAGCGCCGCCUCCGCUUCCAGCGCCCUCUCCGCUUCCAGCGCCGCCUCCACCCCGUCGGACGACCCCGACUUCUCGCCGCCCGGCAAGCGCCUCCCGCAGGCCUUGGGUAAGCGCCCCGCCUGGGCCAGGCGGCUGCGGACCCGCAGGAAGGAGAAUCGGGCGCCGGCCGGGAAGGAAAACCGCGAACCGGCCGAGAAGGAGAACCGGAAGCCGGAGCACCGGGGGCGGGGGCAGGAGACCCGGGGCCGAGGAAAGGAGAAGCGGGAACCGGCGGGGAAGAAGAGGAAGUGGAGCCAACAGAAAGAGCCCCGCGGGCGCAGAGAGGAGCCCCGGGCGCCGUCGCCGUCCUCGGCCUCUCCGUGCCCGUCCCCGCCGCGCGGUUCGCGGCGCCGCCGGCAGGGCUCGCUGUGCGCGGCGCGGCGGCCGCUGCUGUGCAGCACCCCGCAAUGGGCCCCGCCGCCCCGCCGCGCCCCGCUGCUGCUCAGCUCCACCGCCGACAGCGGCUCGGCGCUCGGGGACAGCCCCCCGCCCCGCCGCCGCCCGCCCCUGCGCCUCAGCUCGCUCCUGCUCAGCACCACCAUCGAGGGCGGCUCGGCGCUGGGCGACUCCCGCCCGCCGCACCGGCUGCUCCGCAGCUCGCCCGAGGCGUGCUCCGGGCGGCGGCCGUCGCUGCUGGGCGCUGGAGAGGACGUGCCCGAGUGGUCCCGACCGAAAGGUUUGGCUCGGAGUUGGGAGCCCGAGUCGGGGCUGCGGGGGUCCCGCCGCGUUCUGAGGUCGGCGGUGCGGGGACCCUGCCCGGCACAAGCUCCUCCAUCCCCAGAGAAAGCCCCAAGCACUCCCCAGGAAGCGCUGCCGCCCGUUGAGGGUGAGCCACAGCCCCCUGCGCCCUGUGACAGUGGCACUUGUGAGGAGCCCUGUGAGGUUCCAGCUCAUCUCACGAGAGAUUCGGCAAAAAGCAGCUCGAGCUGUCACAGAGGUCUAGACAAGGAGUUCCGGCUUGUGCCAGUGGUGGUCCUGGAUGCUCUGGAGGUGCCAAUGAAAUUGAAGAGCAUGAAACUCAACAAGCAGGCCGAUGUUCAACCUGCCUGCCUGCAGCCAGGAUCUCCCGUGGGCCGCCAAGGAAUCCUGGAGAACAAAUACAAAAGGACCAAGGGAGUCCCUGGGGAGGGCAGCACCUGCAGGAAAGCUUGUAUCAGUGGCUUCAGUGCCAGCCGCUGGGGCAGGCACUCCAGGCUCCGGCCAAAAAGGCACAAGAACAAGAGACAGCAGCAGCCCAAUAACUCCUUCUUCAGACUCCAGACGAGGAAAAAACGAACUCGAAAGGGAGCUCUGGAGAUGUCUGUAGGUGUCAGAGACAAUAACUCUUCACUCCUCAAUGGCUCUUAUUCCUGGGCUAGAGUUCGAGCAUCUCUGUCCUUCCAUAAAAAGAAGAAAGUGACCACAGACGAGAGUUUCUGCAGCAGCAUCCUCUGCACCCCUUCAGGGAAAUCCCAGCUUUCGGGGUACCAAGCCAGCCUCUCUGCUGGUAAAGCUCAGGGCUGCUCCUGGUUUGCUUCCUCCAUGGUCCUGCUGGCUCCCAGGGAUUCCUCCUCUGUCCUGGAGCUGCUCCUUACGGAUGCAGAGAAAGUGUUUGGAGAAUGCGACCAGGAGGGGCCUAUUGCUUUCGAGGAAUGCAUUCCUUUAGACAAGAUGAAAGAUUGCAAGAAAAUUGGAGAAGGGGUGUUUGGAGAGGUGUUCCAGAUUGACAGCGAGAGAGGACCUGUGGCCUUAAAAAUAAUUCCCAUUGAAGGGACUGAAAAAAUAAAUGGUGAAGCUCAGAAGAGCUUUGGGGAGAUUCUGCCUGAGGUAAUAAUUUCCAAAGAACUCAGUCUUCUGUCUGAGGGCUCUGUGAACAGAACCCUGGGGUUCAUCAGCCUGUACUCUGUGCACUGCGUCCAAGGGGCCUAUCCCAGCUAUCUCCUGGAAGCCUGGGACAAAUUCCACAAAGAAACGGGCUCGGAAAACGACCGGCCAGACUUCUUCGGGGCCCAGCAGCUCUUCAUGGUGCUGGAGUUUGAAUUCGGAGGCCGGGACUUGGAGCGCAUGAGGAGCAGCUUCUCCUCGGUGUCGUCAGCCAGGAGCAUCCUGCACCAGGUCACCGCGUCCCUGGCGGUGGCAGAGCAGGAGCUGCACUUCGAGCACAGGGACCUGCACUGGGGGAACGUGCUGGUCAAAAGAACGGAGGAGAAGGAGCUGCGGUACGUGCUGAACGGGGAAACGCGCUCCAUCCCCACGGCUGGCAUCCACGUCAACAUCAUCGACUACACCCUGUCCCGGCUGGAGAAGGAUGGGCUCACCGUGUUCUGUGACCUCUCCACGGACCAGGAGCUCUUCCAAGGCGCCGGGGAUUACCAGUUUGACAUCUACAGGCAGAUGAAAGAGGAGAACUCCAACUGCUGGACUGACUAUCGGCCACACAGCAACGUCCUCUGGCUGCACUACCUGGCUGAUAAACUUCUGAAAGGCGUGAGCUACAGGAAGAAGGCAUCGACUCCUGCCCUGAAGAAAAUCAGGACGCAGCUCAGCAAGUUCCACAAGGAAGUGCUGACCUUUGAGUCUGCCCAUGAUGUUCUGCACCACAGCAGCCUGUUCCAGUGAGCAGGGGUGCAAGGACUGAGCCACUGGUGUUGCCUUUCUCCUCUGCUUUCUGUUCGUGUUGGCACAAUGAAGUGUUCUGAUUGGUUCCCCAUGUGUUUAAUACAUUAUCAAAAAUGUCCUAAAAAAAAUCCCCCCCGGUGUCUUCUGCUCUAAGAUACCUCCUGGUUUUGAGGGGUGUUGGAGGUGAGACAACAGAGCUGACUUUGGAGAAAGGAGGGGGAAAAAAGGACUUCUUCAGGCUCCAUUAAUGCUCUGAAUUUCACAUAAAUAUUCUUACCAUUUUAGCCUUAGAUUAUUAAAAGUUCUUUUCUUACUGUAUUGUCUUUUUUACAGAUUAUUUUUUUUAAAGGUAAAAGCUCUUCGGUUCUGGACAGUGAGGACAAGGGUUAAAUAUUGUUGGCUCACUGGAGACAGAGGGGAAAACCCAUCCUUUGCUUUAAUUUUGGCAAAAUUUAUACCUGGAAUGAAGGUACAAAAUGUAAAUAUGUGAAUUUUGUGUAAAGGGUUUUAAACCCACUAAUCUGCACUAAUCUGGUUUGUUUUGUUUUGUUUUUUUUUUUUCCUGUCUUAAGGAAGAGGUACCUGAUUGUGAAAAAAAUAAGACAAUGUACCUGUGUUCCUGAUUUUUGAUGGUUAUAAUGUUGUGGCCUCGUUCACUGAUAGGAACUCAAUUCUGUAACCUGGUGGUAGCACUGAAGCGAUUUCUUCAUUUAUCUGUAGAAGAAAAUGCCCAAGGUAAUAAAUGUUCUUUAGCCCUGACUGCGGAUGGACCAGGUGCCCUAAACUGGAAGCUCUCCUUACAUCAAAUCCCAAUUCCCUGUUUUCAAGGAGUCCUUUGCUAACAUUCCUGUUUAUUAAAAAACUUGGGCUAAAGAGAACAAUAAAUCACACUAAAGUGAAAAGUGAAUUAAACUGUGACCCCAUGACACAGGUGCAUUAAGAAAUUAAGAGGCAGCAUCAUCAAAUUCACUAUAACUGGGAUGCUCGUUGCAGUCUAAGAAAGAAAUGCUGUAAAUGUGCAUCUCAAAGAUUCAUCUUGGACCCUCUCUUGAAGUCUCCUUUUUACAAAGCCAGCAAGGAGACCCUGGGAUGGUUUUAUUGUUCUGCCUUCCAGACACUGCACAAAGUGACCUGACAAGCUGCAGUGCUUCAAAUCAUCAAGAUGGAAACUGUGCUGGAAUGUUCCCAGGCAUCCUCUCAACCCCUUUUCCCCCCCUCUAAUUAAAUAAAGUACUGCACUGUAAUUGAAUGGUCUUAAAACCCACUCUGGUAAGGCCUGCAGUGAAUGCUUAUGUGACAUCAAGGAGUGUUCCUCAGUCACAAUGGUGCUAAUUUCAUUUAUGCUUUAAAAAAAAAAAAAAAAAUAUGGAUGAAACCACAUUAAUUUUUGCCUGCCUUGGUGCUUUGUUUCUUGGGGAUUUGAGAAUUGAUUUUGGCUGUACAGGAGGGAUGGGGCAGUGGCAGGAAUUAAUGCCAGGGGAGGUGACAGCCCCCAGAGGAACCUGGUGCAGUAAUGGUGGAGAUUCUGAAAGCUGAAACCUCGGAAGGUUUCCCUGCAAACCAAUUGGCUGGUUUGUGAGAAGGUAGUAAUUUUCAU